UGUACCAACAGAUUUCUGAAGAAACGAAAAAGUCAAGGACCUAGCGAUCUCCAAGAACCUUUAGAUGCAAUUGGUCUACAAUUAUACCUGAAUAGAGCAAGACAGCUACGUCAUGAUUCUCAUUUUUGGGUAGAUUAUCUAAAGAACCAAAGCGAUUCCCAGAAAGCUAUGAUACUUUUAGACAUUAUGGCAGGAAUGCUCAAAGCUGGUGUCAUCUUGCUCUGUAUUGAGGGCAUGAUUAAUGUUUUAACUGAUUUAAUUGACUUAUUGCUCGAGGUGAUGUAUAAAGACCAGAGUGGUCAAUCUAUCAGAGAUAUUCAUACCUCUGUGUAUGAUGAUUGCUUUACAAUUUUAAGGAGUGGGUUUACAAAAGAAGACCAAGCGUUUUUAAUAAAAGGAGACCUCUCUUCAGCUUAUUUUCUGCUACCAUUUACAAAUGAAGCUGGUCUCAGAGAGUCUGAGGCUAAAUUACUUAAAAGAUUAGACUUUUUGAAAGAAAAAGUGUCGAUUAUGAUAAACUAUCUCGUCUCUGCAGGAAGAAGCAAUAGAGAGAAAGUCAUGAAUAAGGGUGCUUUUAGACAAACCAUAAUCAGCUUGAUGACAUUGAAUUAUGUACAGUUCAGAAUUCUUCGAUAUGAUCAUUUCGUCCCUGAAGUUCUGGAUAGGAAUUCUACGAUCAGUGAAAUUUACAACAUCAACAUUGGUUUUCAAUGCUAUUAUUUGCUAGCUAGACUCUGGAAAAACAAUGGUGAAGAUAACUCAAACAUAGUACAAGAGCGUGAUAACGAAGCCUGGUUGAAAACAUACUUGAGAUUAUUAUGGGGGUUAAAGUUCAAAUGGUUCCAUUGCAGACGUAAAUCUAAAUGCAGUUUGAAAUGUCGAUAUAAAUAUGACAUUAUUACUGAGUAG